AUGAUGGAGGAGUACAUGGAUUUCAGACCAGUGAAGUACACGGAGCACAAGACAGUUAUCAGAAAGUACACUAAAAAGCAGCCUGCGGAGAAGAAGAAGAAGAAGAUGAGUGAUCGUGACUCGGCGAGGUUGGUUCGUGUGUGUGUGAUGGAUCAAGACGCCACUGAUUCAUCAAGCGACGAGGACGAGUUUCUGUUCCCUCGAAGACGGGUCAAGAGAUUGAUCAACGAGAUCAGAGUCGAGCCUAGCUCCUCGGAAGAAGUCGCGGCGGCUCCGACGAAGGUAACCGUUGAUCCUCCUCCUCAAAAGGUCUCUGUCUCUGUUUCCGGCGACGGCCAAAACGAGAGAAAGUUUCGCGGCGUGAGACGGAGACCAUGGGGCAAAUACGCGGCGGAGAUUCGUGAUCCGGAGCAACGCCGGAGGAUCUGGCUCGGUACUUUUUCUACGGCGGAGGAAGCUGCCGUCGUCUACGACAACGCAGCAAUCAGACUUCGCGGACCCGAUGCUCUCACCAACUUCACCGUACAAGCCGAACCGGAACCGGAAGCAGAACCAGAACCGGAACCAGAGAGCAACUUAUCGGUUUCGACAUCAGAAUCAAUGGACGACGACUCUCAUCAUCUAUCAUCGCCAACAUCGGUUCUCAACUAUCAAAUGAUUCAAAUCUCUGAACCAAUCGAUGAACCGGUUAAGCCGGUCAAACAAGAGUUCAUUGAACCGGAACCAUUAAGCUGGCACCUUGGAGAAGGUAAUGAUGAUAAUGCUGAUGAUUCAUUUCCUUUGGACAUUCCAUUUCUAGACAACUAUUUCAAUGAAUCAUUACCGGACAUCUCCAUCUUCGAUCAACAAAUGUCUCCUAUUCAGUCUCCGGAGAAUGAUUUCUUUAACGAUCUUCUAGUAUUCGAUAACACCAACAUAGGAGGAGAAAACUACUCUUCCGAUAUGCAAGAGAUUGGCUCAAUGUUCAACGAUUUCGAUGAUUCUUUGAUGUCGGAUCUUUUAGUUUAG